AUGUCCCCCCAGCAAAUCAUAUCUUACAAAACAACCCCCGCCGUCAUACAGGACCGCCUCUCGCAACUCUUCACAUACCACAACCCCACAGCCAACUGCACCUGGUGGGUGCGCGCGGUGAUAAACUUCUGGCCGCUCCCCGCGAAACCAUCAAACGCCGACUAUAUCAAGCUCGACGAGGCGUUUCGCGCCUUCCUCGAGACUGUCGAUUUCUCACGACUGCCAUUGCUAGACGAUACCGUGUCGCUUUUAACAUUUAAACUGGAUAAUCCGGAUGUGAUUGAUCAGCCGCAGUUUCUUUUGCCGUUUGAAGAUGGAGAGAGGGUCCCGCGGCAGUAUUUCAUUACACUUCGACCGUACAUGCGCUGCGAUGUCGUGGUUGACAAGCACCGAAUCCGAUACCCGCCCCUGGACAAGCGACAUCGCGACCUGCCGAAAGUCCACUACUCGCGUCUGCAGAGGACUACCGAGAUCGACUCGGCCGUCCAUGGGGUCACCGUCGACGGCAAGAAGUACGUACACAAGAUCAUCCGCCGCUCAAGCUACUGGCCCGGCGACACGAAAAACAUCCUCGACGAGAUCGACGCGUACGUGCAGUUCCGCGGGGUUCUGCAUAUCGCGCAGCUAGCUGGGAUAGUUGUCUCCGAGAAUCCGUACAGGACGCACCUGGCCUCGCCGGGGAAGCUGGUUAAUCGGGCCGAGGUGAUAAUCGGGUUCUUGUUACCGUUUUAUCCCAAUGGGACGCUUGCGACUGUUGAGAGUCUCAAUGUGCCACAGUGGAAUGUGGGCUAUCAGCCGAUGAGCGCGUUUUUCAACUUUGCUUCGUUCUUCGGCGAGCAGGUGGAUCAGACGAUUCUGCCCUUUGAUAGGAGGCUGAUUGGGUGGGCGAAGCAGGUUGCGCAGGGACUCAUCUCGAUGCAUGCGGCGGGCCGGGCGCACGUCGACGUCAAGACGACGAAUGUCGUGCUGGACGAGAAACAAAAUGCGCUGUUAAUCGACAUUAGCGGGACGAGCGGGUGGACGUGGGAGUUCCUUUCGCCGGAAAUGGAGCCAUUGCUCUCUGAUAACGAGGAUGUGGACAUGGAGAAGAUCCCUUUUGAUAUUCGGGUCGGGACUGAUUGCUGGGCGUUUGGGAAGGUGCUGCAGUCUUUGUAUAGAAGAAGCUCGGGGGGUAGGGAGGCGGCGCGAAUGCUGGAAGUUGCGUCGCGGUUGACCGAGGACGAUCCUGCGGAUCGGAUAUCUUUGUCGGAUGCCCUGGUGAUGUUAAAUAGGUGA